UCCCGCAAGCCAUAUAAACUGUGCUUCCAACUCUCCUGUCUAAAGUGUCUUAUCGACAUGAAGACCCUCACCUGUCUGCUGUUUCUUCUGGUGUCGGCACUGGCAGCCGCCGGCGACCCAGUGAUUGAGCUCCACAAACCGGGGUUCCCCUGGCUGCCGGCGCCGCCCCCGCCAGGGCCGCCGUGCAGCGACCUGGCCUGCCCCAAGAUCUGGAAACCCGUCUGCGGCUGCACCUGCGACGGCCUCUACUGCCGCACCUUCGGCAAUAUGUGCGAACUGCGCAGCUACAACUGCCGCAACACUCCUGAUUACAACUUUAUCUGGAAUGGAACAUGUGACCAAUGCCCACAAACACCAGUACCACUACCAGUUAAGGGACCAGAAUCACAUGAAAAAGAAUAGGAAAUAGCACACAGGAGGCUGCACCACAGUUGCUGUCUUGUCUCUUUGUAUAAAAGAAUGUGCAUCUGUCAAAGAAUGAUUCUGUUGUAAAUGUGUAACUUACUUAUGUAUACUGCAUACUGUUUACAUAAAAUGAAUAUUACAUGAACAUGCACUUCGGUAGUGUUCCUAUAAAUUGAUAGCAAGGUAUAUGAUGGCAUGAAGCAGUGUACAUGUACUGAAAAAGCUACUUUUAGCCACAAAAUGCUGUCCUGUGACUUAAGGAGGAAUUUGUAUAUGCAUACUACUCUGAAGCACUGCAAUCACUGUUGGUUUGGUAGGCUAGUUGAUAGCAGCCUAAGCAAGAAUAAUGUUCUUAUACAUGAAACUCAUUCCAUCUGUAGACCCCAGUAUUCAGAUGAUAAUGAUUAAAAAUUUGUAAUAAAUUAAUUUUGCAGUUCUGUAUUUUGUCCUUCAGAUCCAAAAUAAUGGACAUGAAAUAAAUUCCACAGUGCAUUAAA